AUGGUGCUAAGAAUGGCGAUGCUCACUGACGAUGCCGGCGAAAUGUUUCGGAAUGUUCCACGUCCACGGUUUAACUUUGGAAAUGAUCAUGCAGAUAAUGGACUCCGGACUACGUGCGUUCCUCUAAGUCUUCCUACCAUCAUGACCAAGUUGCGAAAACAAGCUCAAACAACUUCUAUAAACUCUGAUUAUCUUCCAAGACAAUUAAAAGGAAGAUGCAAUAAUUUCUUUGCAUGUGACCACCUCUACUGGACUGAUUGGCAGACUUUGAAAAUAUACCAAGCGAAGAAACUUGAUGGAUCUGGCAGACGCACACUUAAAUCCUUUUCUAUUGAUCACUCGUUGAUGGGCAUUCACGGUGUCGAUCUGGUUCAAUCAAAACAGACUUGCAGAUCUGAUACUUGUUCGCAUCUCUGCUUUUCUUUGCCUGAGCCCGACCGCGGUAUUAGUGGCUCGAGUGGCAUUGUCAACCAAGCUGACUCAACCACGUUCAGAAUCGCCACAGACAAAAUUCAAGAAACGACUUCACGCACCCCCGACCCCGAUCGAAAGGAGAUUCAAUCCGAUUUGGGCUAUUCUUCAAUCAACUCCACACUCCACGGAAAUAGAUCGCCUUCUGAU